CAUCUCCAGGCAAAGUUCACCCAAGAAAAAUGGGUGGCUCAGCGUCUGUAGUCUCCUUAUUAUGGGAAAUUGCGCCGAUCGAGCACCGUUUCAAGAGGGCAAGUUCGCUCGUCCUUCCUGGGUUAUGCAUUGCAAUACAAGUUUUCUGCGGAUUUGCUGAACCACUGUUCUUGAGCAUUGACUGUGGAGGAAUGGACAACCACACCGACCGUUUGGGCAUCAAUUGGGUCGUCGACGACGGUUACAUUAAGACAGGGAAAGCUGCCCAAGUCCAGAAUCUUGACGUAUACGGGAAAGAGCUCAGCAGCCUCCGCUACUUUCCCUCCCAAAAGAAGAGCUGCUAUGUGAUAUCGGGGGUAGCCACGGGCAAGAAACACAUGGUUCGGGCUACUUUCUUCUAUGGCAACUACGACAAGAAGUCAUGGCCACCGUCCUUCGAUCUGCAAUUUGAUGGGAACUCUUGGAUGAAAGUGAACACUUCAUCCAGUGAGGGCCAAUAUUUUGAAGUAAUAUAUGCACCGAAAAGAGAGAAGAUCAGCGUCUGUGUCGUUCAGACGUCGCCCGACCAGAUAACCUUCAUCUCCAGUCUUGAAAUCAGGGAACUUGAAACGAGCAUGUACGAGACGAACGACAAAGAAGAUGUUCUUCUGCGGAUAAGCAGGACAGCCUUGGGAGCGGCGAAAUUCGUAAGGUACCCGGAUGACCCUUAUGAUCGUUAUUGGCAUCCAAGUAGUGAGAUCGACGGCGUAGUAACUGUGGGGAGAGAUAACAUCAGCUUCAUAAAAAACUUCACGGAUAUUCCGGGACUGGCAUUAGUCCAUGCGAUAACACCAGCGUCGAGCAAUGCGACGACACUGGCACUCCCAUCGUCGUGGAUGGAUUUGGAAGAUGACACAUAUUACUACAAUUUCUAUUUCUCGGAAGUGUUAGAGGCAGCUUACCAAAAUAAGAGCAGGUCUUUCGAUUUCCUUGUUGAUGGCGAAAAGCUUAACGACUACGGUUCUAUAAUCCCACCUUAUCAGUCAUAUUGGAGUAACUACAAUCACCGUGGUCGGAGACUGACUGCUGGAUCAGUCGUUUCCUUGGUCAACACAGCUAAUGCCUCCCUUCCACCAAUCCUCAACGCAAUGGAAGUUUUCAAGGUCCAGCGAGGACUCGCUAAUGGAACCAACGAACAGGAUGUGAAAGCAUUGGAGGUGUUACAAGGUCAAUACCAACAACUCCAAUCUUGGGCAGGUGAUCCAUGCCUUCCCGAUGGAUCCACAUGGGAUUGGCUCAACUGCAAUACUGACGAUCCACCACGCAUUACUGAACUGCACCUUAAUGGAUCUGGCUUGAACAGCACCCUUCCAGACUUCAGUAGCCUGACUGCACUUGAGAUGAUUGAUCUAAGUAACAACAGCUUGAAUGGGCAGAUCCCAGAGUUCUUGGGGAGAUUUCCUUGGUUGAAACAGCUGAACUUGGCAGACAAUAAUUUCACUGGACCUCUACCCACGUCACUAGCAGGCAACAAGAACCUCAUACUAAAUAUAAAGGGAAACAACAUCACUGAAGAGAAUCCAAGUCCACCCGCGACAGAUGGCGAAAGAAAUUUGAAACCGAUCAUUAUUGGAGUAUCACUUGGCUCGAUUAUCUUAUUUCUAUUGCUAGUUGGUUGCUUCAUCUAUGCAUGCCUUCGAAGCCAACGUCCUAGAGCAUCACCGAAUGUUGUAUUCGAGAAUAAUGUAGAGAAUCAUGUGAAGCAACAGGCUGGUUCCAUUCAGCUGGGGUCAAAGCAUAUAUUCACAUAUGAAGAUAUUGUCAAGAUCACAAGAAACUUUCAAACCCUUAUUGGUGAUGGAGGAUCUGGUUCUGUCUAUUAUGGUCGUCUAAAUAAUGGCAAUGAUGUCGCAGUCAAGGUAUUGAAAGAUUUGGAACAACAAGGAUCCAAACAAUUUGUCGCAGAGGUCAAUUUAUUAAUGACAGUCCAUCACAAAAACCUUGUAUCAUUUGUUGGAUUUUGUGAUGAAGGAAAUAAUAUGAUUGUUCUUUAUGAGCACAUGCAGAAUGGAAGCUUGAGAGAUAUCUUAUCAGGCAAAAGAAUCACAACAGAACCUUUAACGUGGAAGAGGCGGUUGCAAAUAGCUUUGGAUGUUGUGACAGGUUUGAGUUAUUUACACUCAGGUUGCCAACCUCCCAUAAUCCAUAGAGACAUAAAAAGUACAAAUAUCCUUCUGAAUGAACGGCUAGAAGCCAAAUUAGCAGACUUCGGAAUUUCCAGAGUUGAUGAGAAGACUCAAAUAUCAACAAUGGUUGUCGGCACACCUGGAUACAUUGAUCCUGAGUACUCAGAAACAAGCCUUCUUACCAAAAAGAGUGAUGUUUACAGCUUUGGUGUGGUUCUUUUUGAGCUUAUGUGCGGUCAAGGAGCCAUACUUAGCAGUCUUGACGAACAUUUUCAUAUUAUUGAAUGGGCAACAUCAAAGAUUGUGAGGGGUGACAUAGAGAGCAUUAUUGACCCAAGGAUUAAAGGGCAGCACAAAAUGAAUUCUGUAUGGAAGGUAGCAGAAAUAGCAUUAGCAUGUACUGCAAGGAGAUCUGUUGAGCGGCCAAACAUGUAUAAUAUUCUAAAGGACUUGAACGAGGCGAUGGAGAUUGAGACUGGUUACUAUGCGCUUGAUGUUUCAAGGACAGAAGUGAUGACUAUGUCAGUGUGUUCUCCUGAAACACUUAUUUCGACUACAAACCACCAAGAACAUCCAUUAGCAAGAUAGAAACUUAUGUUGAUAUCAACAUCAUAGCAGACAGACAAAGCUUCAUUGAAACAUUAGUUGAUCUCUUGCUAUUUGACAAUUGACUUAUUCAAGAUGCAACAGAAAGCGGCCAUGUAGGCCAUGAAAAGUUCAUUGGUUUUUACUUUCUGGUAGAAUAUCUAAACUGAGAACACUAUCCUGAAUGAAUAGGGCGACUAUUUGAUUAAGUGUUUAGCAAAGAUGCAUACAAUGUUACCCUAGACUUUUAGAUAGGAAGCCUCAAAGGAUGGUUGAUUCAUGCAAGAACUAGUUCCUGAUUUUUAUAGCUUAGUGUUUUUAAGGAGAUGAAGAGUAGCAGUGUGGCCAAUGGCUCUGCACUAGCCAUGUGGGUCUUCUCCAAUGUAUGCUUGAUCAAUCACCUAGUUGGAAAGAUUAGCUUUUUAUAA